UCGGUGUAUGUUCAAUUCAUUGUGCGACUGCGCCGAACCUGGACAACGCUCGAACACGAACACGCCCAUGCGGUAGCCCUCGGUUUCUACCCAGUCGUCCUCCCCCCGUGGAACUGGCAGCACCCUGCUCCGUCUCGAUCUCUCGAUACACAGUAUUCGCGCAUGCGACAUGCCCACCGUUAAGCGCCUGCGGAGUGGUGCCGCCUCCAAAUCCCACGAUGCUCCUGCUGCCUCGAAUAGCCGCCCAACCGUCGCCGACCUCGAGGGCGAGAACGACUUUGCCAAGCUCGCCAACAAGCAUUGGCUGAAGCCGAGCAAAUCGACGGCAAAGACAAAAGUCAAGAAUGAUGUGGUGAACAAGGAUAUCUGGGCAGUUCUGGAGAAAGACUCUUUCCCCUACAAAUCCCUUGUCACCUUGGAAGGACUACAGACACUCGAAAGUUACCUCUGGCCUGGCUAUUCAGAAGACGCAUCCAACAAUCACGUCCUUCUUCUCGCGCUUUUAACAAAUGUCAAGGCGCGUGAGCGUCUGGCGACGUGGUCGCUCUUCGAGUCGCGCCCAAUAGACUUCAGCAGUCUCUUUCGACGCAUAUUAUCCCUCUGCCUGGACGGAUCACUUUCUGUGGUGUUGCGCACACACCUCGUCUGCUUCAUCAUCCAUGCCUUCCAAAGCCUUGAUCUGGCAAGUGUCCGCAAGGAAUGCGCGCCUCUUGUGUCUAUCGCAAUCUGGCACAAUAUUUCGACCGAAACGAAGCGGGAUGCACUCAUCAACCAGACUGCCCAAACGAAGAAGGCAUGGAAGGCUUCCGGCAAGCGAUAUGAUUCUUCGGACGACACGUCGAAAGCGCGGCUGCGGUUUGAGCGGUCCUGGCUGUACACAUUGACUCUCGAUUUCUUGAAGAUGGUCCACAAAGGGAAUGCCAGUCCUGAGACCUUGUUAUACUGCCAACGAUUCCUCGAAUUCAUGUCCGACUUGUUGAGUCAGCUUCCCACGAGGCGAUAUGUCAAUGCUCUGUUCAAGGACCUUCACGCGCUGCCACUCUUGAAGCUGUCGCCAUUAUACAAUGAUGAAUCCAAUGGGCUUAUCAGGGAACAGUACGGACUGUUCAGCCAUUACAUGUAUUUCCCCGUGGACGACCAAACUGGAGCCCAAUUCAACUUGUCCGAGACUUACGGCCGACACUGCGCGGAGCUUGCGAAGCUCCAGCGCGCUGCAUUACGGCACUUCAAGGACAAGCUCACAGUGCUUGCACUCUCAAACUAUGCCGCAAUCGACAAGCGCUCUGAGCUCGCAAGUUUGCUCGCGCCGCUUACCGACGCUGAACUUGUGGAGCUCGCUCGGGUACUCCAGCUAAGGACAGAGUUUCCACAGUCGGUCGCAAUUUCCGUGAAUCGAGUCGUUCUGAUGGAGGUCCUCCUGUCCACAUUUGAGAAGCGUGCUCCAUUCCAGGAGAGUGCUCGGCAGCUGAGCAUUUUACCGACGGAAGAAGAUCUCUAUGCCUCGAGCAUCCUACGAGCGGAUGAAUAUGAUGGCUCUCAGCCACUAGCUUUGCCGAAAUUGAAGUUACAGUACUUGUCCGUGGGUGACUUCCUGUGGAGAGCAUUCGUUCUCUACAGGUGCGAAGCGUUCUACGGUAUUCGAAAAGACAUCGACAGUGCUCUGAAGCGCCUGCGGCCGGAAUCGAAACGAAGUGGAGAGACCACUUUCUCCGGAUUCUCCAGGAUGGCGCUGCCCAUCCAGAAGCCUUCUAUCGUCGAAGUUGUGCCCGCACUCGUUGGCGAGGACAUUCCUUCAGCCGUGCGAGCUGAGAUCAGCCUUGAUGUUCGCCGACUCGCGGAAAAUGUGCGGCGGGACUGGGACACCCUGCGUCCUGACGACGUAGUCUUUCUUGUGGCUGUAGAUGCCUCGUCACAGAGGUCGGUCUCAAGUAACACGGCUCGGUAUACAUCAGAGGCGCAAAAGCUUGGUCUCGUUUCUGUUCGCGCAGCCGAGGUGAUAGAGGUCAUGGAUGACAAAGGAAAGCAGAUUCGCGAUCCAUCAGCCUACUACAACGGCCAAAGCCGCUCACACUCCCGACGCAUCCAGCUCAAACUCGAUGCGGCGACGUUUUUGCACGACCAGGAGCGCACAGCCAGAGGGAAACCGGAUGUCUACGAACGAAUCAAUCUUGUUGUGCGAAGAAGUGGCCGUGAGAACAAUUUCAAGCCCGUCUUGGACUCAAUCCGCAGCCUAGUCUUGUCUGAAGUCCCACUAGCAUCCUGGCUUCACGAGAACUUCCUGGGCUAUGGCGAUCCCGCCGGUGCGACCUACAAGCAUCUGGCCAACAAGGUUUCAAGAAUUGAUUUUCGAGACACCUUCCUUGAUUGGCAGCAUCUUAUCGAGGGACUGCCAGGCAAGACCAUUGAGCCAAGUGAGGACAUGUCUGGGAGUUUUGGCCCGCCUUAUGUCCUCGAAUCUGUGGACAUACCCGUAGAAGAGUCCACUCCAAAGCCGUCCCGAAAGAGGAGGAGGGACGUAGAGCCUCCAGCCCUUACUGUUGAAGCUCAGAACUACAAGGUCUCCACCUACAAGCCACCGAACACUGGACCUUACCCCAUCGACGCUCCCAGGCUCAACUCUGUACGAUUUACCCCGGCACAGAUUGAUGCUAUUAUGUCAGGAUCACAACCUGGCUUAACGGUGGUAGUCGGGCCUCCAGGCACGGGAAAGACAGACGUGGCGACACAAAUCAUCAACAACAUCUACCACAACUUCCCUGAGCAACGAACGCUCUUGAUUGCACACUCAAAUCAGGCCCUCAAUCAAUUAUUCGCCAAGAUUGUAGCCCUUGACAUUGACGAGAGACACUUGCUUCGUCUAGGGCAUGGGGAAGAGGAGUUGAGCACAGAAUCGAGCUUCAGCAAGCACGGCCGUGUGGAAUCGUUUUUGGAAAUCCGUGACAGGUACCUUCGAGAAGUCAACCGGCUUGCGGCAAGCAUUGGUGCUCCAGGGGCUCAUGGAAACUCGGCCGAGACCGCAGGUUAUUUCAACUCUGUCUACAUUCGGCCUGCCUGGACCAAAUUCACGGAAGCCACCCAGGCUGUUGACGUCACACCAGCCACGAUCGUCGAUGUCUUUCCAUUCACCACCUACUUCUCGGACGCGCCCCAGCCUCUCUUCCCCUUGGACGGCGACCGAGACACAAUUCUGGAUAUUGCUAACGGCUGCUACCAUCACAUCUCCAAGAUGUUUUCUGAGCUCGAAGACGUGUUGCCGUUCGAGAUUCUGCGCCGAGACCGCGACAAGGCCAACUACUUGCUCACCAACGAAGCUAGGAUCGUAGCCAUGACUUCGACACAUGCCGCGAUGCGGAGAAGCGAGAUUGCGUCACUGGGCUUCCACUACGAUAAUGUGGUCAUGGAGGAAGCCGCACAGAUUACGGAGGUUGAGAAUUUCAUUCCUCUCGCCAUGCAGAAACCCAAAGACGGGCAGAUGGCAUUGCAGCGCGUGGUCUUGUGCGGUGAUCACUACCAGAACUCGCCAGUCAUCCAGAGUCUUGCCUUCCGCCACUAUGCGAACUUGGAGCAGUCGCUGUUUUCGCGGUUCGUCCGCUUGGGUAUACCGGUCAUCACGCUCGAUCAGCAAGGUCGUGCCAGGCCGUCGAUUGCAGCACUCUAUCAGUGGAGGUACCCGAACCUGGGAAAUCUCCCGCAUGUGGAAAAUGCAGAGGAGUUCAAGGCCGCCAAUGCUGGCUUCAAGUACGACUACCAAUUCAUCAAUGUGCCUGACUACAAAGGAAAGGGCGAGACGGAGCCAACGCCGCACUUCAUCCAAAACCUGGGCGAGGCGGAAUACGCCGUCGCCAUCUACCAGUACAUGCGACUUUUGGGCUACCCAGCCUCCAAGGUCAGCAUAUUGGCGACUUAUGCAGGUCAGCGUGCCCUCAUCAAGGACGUCCUCAACCACAGAUGUGCGAAGAAUCCCAUCUUCGGUUUGCCCAAGAUCGUAACGACCGUCGACAGGUACCAAGGCGAACAGAACGACUAUGUCAUCCUGUCCAUGACACGCACAUCCCGCGUCGGAUACCUCCGCGACGUGCGGCGUCUCACGGUCGCUCUUUCUCGCGCCCGACUGGGCCUGUACAUCCUCGGCCGCCGCGAGAUCUUCGAGGCGUGUUACGAACUCCGGCCAGCUUUCGACCUGCUGCUCCAGCGUCCCGACAAGCUGGCUCUGGUCACGGGGGAAAUGUUCCCCACUCAGCGUCCGCACGCGCCGCUCGAGGAUGCCGCCUCCUCCUCCUCCUCGGACGCCGUGGUUCCCGCGUCCACCGCUGCGGAGGCUGUCAUGGAGGGCAUCGAGCACCUCGGACAGUACGUCUUCGAGAUGACCAACGCCAAGGUCAAGCAGCUCCGUGCGGAGCGCGGUCUUCUGGACGCCGAGGGCGGCGGCGGCGGCGGCGGCGAAGCAUCCUCGCUGGUGGUCGUGGGUGCCGGCGAUGGAAAGGACGUGCCCCUCAGCACGAUCGGGGAGGAUGAUGCUGAGGAGGAGGAGAAGGAGGAGGACGUGGAGAUUGCGGCUGCUGAUGGCGAUGCAGAAGACGGUGGAGAGGAGGAUGAGGAUGAGGAUGAAGCAGAUGAGGUCCAGGAUCCCGAGCCUGACGUCAAAGACACUGUGUGAACGGAUGCAUGUAUCACAAGAUCGGAGCGGUAGUUUGGUUGUGACAUACGCCGAUGCUGCGGGAGGUAUGACGAAUACGUGCCCUUACCCUCAGAGGGAGAGCUGCGUUGGCAGCUCAUAUACAACAUGUCCUACUUUCAUCAGUCUCUGCUCACUAGCAUGUGCAACUUCAUG